GGGUCCAAUUUUCCGAACCGGAGCGAAAGCGGUUCCUUCCUCUCCACUCUCUCUCUCUCUCUCUCUCUCUCUCUCUCUCUCAGCCUGUGAUUCUUCUCUGUAAAUUUUCCAGUGAUUAAGAGUCGGAAAUUUGGUAUAUAUCUACUUCGACUGAGCUGUAUGGGAGGGAAAUUAGAUUAUUCGAUCUUUUUGCAACCAUCGAAUUACCGAGUGCUGUUUCAAUUUUUUUUUGGAAGAAGAGUUCUGUUUCAAUUAGUCUAGAUUCUCUGCCUCUUAAUUGGUUCACCGUGUUAUUUUCUCUCAUUUUCUAGGAUUCUAGACACUCUUUGUAUAUAUUAGGGUUUACUCUUAAGUAUGUACCAAAGGGGCCUCAUUUCUAGGAUUACGGGCUCCUUUUUUUGUUUUGGAUGGUGGGAGCCUGGGAGGCAUUGGGUUUACUUUUGCAUUUUUCCAAAACUGAAAUCUUAUGGCAUAUGUUUUUGGAACAAUCAUUAAGCCUAAUAUGGUGAACAUAAUUUGAUUUAUUUUUUUUUUUAAUUGUUCCCACUCUCGAAUUUAUUUGGUAAAGUGUUGGAUGGAAAAUAUUUUUAGCAACAUUAUCAUUAUGGUGAAAUUCUACACUUCGUAUGUCAUCAGUCAUCUCGUGGAUAUGCCAAAGACCAAUUGAAGGUCUUUCACAGAGCAAAAACGUGGACGGGGUCAAUAAAUUUGUGGUUUGUGGAACUUCUUGAAUACUGAGUGGGUUCUUCCAUGGACGAUGCAUCCUGUUACACUUCAAAGCUUGCAUGGAUUUGGGUCAUUGAAGCCCUUGCAAGCUACAAGGAAGUCAACAUUUCUAUUUUACAUGAUUUGAUUGAAAUGGCUCCAGAAUUACCGCAUGAUAUGGGGAGAAACAUGAGGGAAAUGUUGGCUUUAAGAUGUUUGGAGGGUUUCUUUGGUCUUAGUAAUGGAAUCACAAAUGAUGCUUGUUCUGCCCCGGCUUCAAAAGUUGGUUUUGAUUUAUCAAAAAGCUGUGAAGAUGUUCUCCAACACAUAUUGCAUGAGACAUCGCUAUCAGAUCUUAGAACGGCUGGGCCAGAGCUGUUAAAAUGGGAUGUUCACCCCUUUAUUAUCCAUAAAAGAGCUUGUAUGCCUAAACUUGCCUUACAACAGCUGAAAGAUUCAAUUCUUGAAGGUAAUCAUCCAUAUGCUGAUUACUUGAAGGAAAGGAGUGGGUUGGCAUUUACAAAUGCAGGUGACAGAAUACUUACAGAUAAUGGUAAUCACAACACACUUACAUGGAGAGUUAACGGGAGCUGCUUUGAUGCUCAACACAUGGGAGCGAAAGGGGACAUCAUGCCUAGGCUCCUUGAGAACGGCAAUAAGUUACUGGAAAGUGAUCCAUGUAAUGGAAAUUUAUUGCCCUCUAAGAGGAAAAAGAAUGCACUGGCUACUAACAACAUGGUUGGGGGCUUCCAUGAACACCAAAAUAUUUUAAAUGAUCAUGGUGAUCCUUAUAUAAAUGCCAAGAAGCAGAAGCAACGUACCUCUUCUUCAAGUCAGUCCAUAGAAGAGAACUCAGUUCCUCUACAUGGAACAGAACUGUUAGAACAUUUAUCUGAAAGAGUUAUUCCAGUUGUUCAACAAGAAGGUUGUAACCUGGCUAAAGAUCAGAUAGGAACUCUCGAAGAAGGCAGGGUUACAGGGGAUGAUAAUGAUCAGUAUACUGCCUCAAUGAGAUGUGGGCACAGCUCUGAUGAUGAGUUGCAUCAUAUUCAAUCGGAGAUUCCUGAUUCUAACACUAUUACGCCUCAAGAUACAUCUGGAGAUGAACCUCAUCAAAAUAUCUCUGUUGACGAAGUCAAAGAUGAUAGUGAGCAUUGUGCUGAACGGAGACCAUUAAUUGGCGCUCUCCCUCUUUGUAGUGCCACUAUGAUGGUUCAAGACACAUCUGUAGAUGAGCCUUGUCAAAAGGACUCUAUUGAUGAAGUCCGAGAUGAUAGCGAGCAACGUGCUGAACCUAGAACUACAAGUGGUCCUCUCCUGGAAAAGACUCGAGAAAAUGAAUCCCAAUGUAACUGCGAACAUGAUCUACAUAAAGCACCAUAUGCUGCAUCCCUGGAUGGAGCCCAGCAGAAGUUCAUUGAUUAUGAAGCUGAAGAGGAUAUGGAUCGCUGUUGUGAAGCAGGGACAUCAAGUGAUAGCGAUGGGUAUCACAAGGAUAACAUUGAUGUCUCCAUGAGAAAACAUGAAUUCUUGAGCUCUCAGCGCACAUAUAGUCCUGAUUUGUUAGCUGGUUCGACGGACACAAAUUUUUGUGUGAAGUGUAAUGAAGGCAGUCAGUUGUUAGUAUGCAACACAAGUCAUUGCCCAUUGGUGGUUCAUGAGAUCUGUUUAGGUUCCUCACCCAGAUUUGACAAAAACGGUAACUUUUACUGCCCCUUCUGUGCUUAUUCUCUUGCUAUUUCGGAGUACCUUGAAGCUAAGAAAAAGGCCUCCUUGGCAAGGAAAGAACUAAGUAAGUUUGUUCGUACGGGUUUGGAGCAUCAGAAAAAGGAACUUAGAGAAAGAUUGCACAGCGAAAAGCAUAAUCUUUCAAGACAAAAUGAAGAUGAGAACCCUCUCGUUAAAAGUCAUGAGAAUGGGUACUUGGAAGAGAGAGUAAGCAAUCAAACAGAUCAUGACGGGGGACAUGUAAAUGAGGUCAAUAACCUCCAUUUUCGUGGAAGUAUAGAUGAUGAGCAACAAGCAGAACCUUCUGCAUCAUGUGAUAAUGUCACCUCAUCAGUUAGAGUGGAAGAGGCAACUGUAAUUAACCGGAGGCUAAAUGUAUUAACUAAAGAGAAAGAAGGGGAAGAAAAGGUGAUCCAACCUGUAAGCGUGCUUGAAGGACACAACCAAGAAGCAGCUGACCAUGAAUGUAAUGGUGAUAAUUUAUCCUGUAGAAACACUGAUGCUAUUCCUGUCAAUCAAAGACUCAUGGAAGAAGGGAUUCAGCAGGAAGUUUUAAAGCAACAGAUUGCUGAUCCACCAGUGGAACCUGUUUGCGCACUUGAUAUUUAUACAGAAAACACGUCUGAAGAUGAAAAAAAUAAGUCUAUCAUUUCUAAUUAUUCCAUAAGAGUCCGGAGGCAAGAGGUGCAUUAUAAAUACCCAGCAAGUCCUCAGCUGAGGCGAAAGAAAGUUCCAUGGACUGCCGAGGAGGAACAGAUACUAAAGGAGGGAGUGCGGAAAUUCUCGAACAUCAAUGACAGAAUGAUUCCAUGGAAGCAGAUUUUAGAAUUUGGUGGUGAUGUGUUUCUGAAUAGUCGUACAACAACAGACCUAAAAGAUAAAUGGAGGAACAUUUGCAAAGGAAGCCCAAAGUCAAAAUGAGCUGCUUUAUCCUGGUUUAAAUAAGCUAACGACAGUCUUAAUAUUUAUAGUUUUGUAGAUUUUUGUGCUCUCUUUCCUCUUUCUUGAUUUCGCUAUAUGUUUUUCUCUUAUAUAUGUCAUGUGUACUUAGGUUGUGUGCCUUGUGCUUUUAAUGAAUUUACUUUACUCAUAAAAAAAAUUGCAUAUAGUGAAUACAUAUUAUUUUUCUUUUGAUC